AUGUCAGCCUACCCUGGCUAUGGCGGCGGUGGUGGCGGAAGUGGAGGUUACGCGCCCCCGCAGCAGCAACAGCAGCACCAGCAGUAUCAGGGCAACUACUACCAACAGCCGCCCCAGCAGGGUUACAACGGUUAUCCCGCCCAAGGCCAUACAUCUCCUCAGCCCACCUACAACUAUCACCAACAUCCUCCUCAGCAACACUACACAUAUCAGCAAUCUCCUCAGCAGCAGUACAGCGGGCAUGCCCCGUUCAGCCACCCACCGCCUCCGCAGCCCAGUUUCAACUCCAGGCCGACCUCCGGCAUGCCUGCCCCGCAACAUAGUCCGUAUCCGCAAGGGCGACUGGUUGGACCGCCACCACCCCCCGCCGAACCCCAGCACUUCGGCCACGGCGCGCCGCAGGGCUACGCGUUCCGCUAUUCCAACUGCACAGGUCGCAGGAAAGCGCUGUUGAUUGGCAUCAACUACUUUGGCCAGCGCGGCCAGCUUCGAGGCUGCAUCAACGAUGUGCGGAAUAUGACUGCAUAUCUCGUUGAGCAUUUUGGCUAUAAGCGGGAGGACAUGGUCAUCUUGACCGACGAUCAACAGAACCCCAUGAGUCAACCUACCAAGCAAAACAUUUUGCGCGCUAUGCAUUGGCUGGUCAAAGAUGCCCGGCCGAACGAUUCCCUAUUCUUCCACUACUCCGGGCACGGCGGGCAGACUAAAGACCUGGAUGGCGAUGAACCAGACGGCUACGAUGAAGUCAUUUACCCUGUGGAUUUCCGGCAAACCGGACACAUCACCGAUGACGAGAUGCAUAGGAUCAUGGUACGGCCCUUGCAAGGGGGCGUGAGACUGACAGCCAUCUUUGAUUCCUGCCACUCGGGUACCGCCCUGGAUCUCCCAUACAUUUACUCGACACAAGGUAUCCUCAAAGAGCCCAACCUCGCCAAAGAAGCAGGCCAGGGGCUGCUUGGCGUUAUUUCUUCUUACAGCCAGGGCGAUCUUGGCGGCGUCGCCAACAACAUCAUGAGCUUCUUCAAGAAGGCAACCAGCGGCGAAGAGGCCCACAGUCGUGCUCUGGCAACUAAGACAUCCCCCGCCGAUGUCAUCAUGCUUUCUGGCAGCAAGGACGAUCAAACAUCUGCCGAUGCUACUAUUGCCUCGCAAGCCACUGGUGCCAUGUCCUGGGCAUUCGUUACCGCUUUGAAGAAGAACCCUCAGCAAAGCUACGUCCAGCUACUCAACAGCAUUCGCGACGAGCUGGCCACCAAAUACACUCAGAAGCCGCAGCUAUCUUGCAGCCAUCCUCUCAAUACGAACCUGCUAUUCGUAAUGUGA